GCAGGAUGAAGGUCAUUGUUGUCCUUGCACUUUGGGUGACGCUGUUUGCCCAGGGAAACAGCAAUUCCCUGGACUCCUGUCAGGGUCGGUGUGGUUAUGGAACAGACAGUAACUUCUCCUGUCAGUGUAACCCAUCCUGUGAGCGUUACAGAGACUGUUGCUCAGACUAUGUUGAAAUAUGCAAAGCUGCAUCCACAUCUUGCAAGGGUAGAUGUGGUGAGAAAUACAACUCUGAGAACAAGUGCCACUGCAACUCAAAGUGCCGCCAGUACAACAACUGCUGCAGCGACUACUCAGACCUCUGUAACAGUGAAGGGGGAGGUGGUGGUGGCAGCAUCACUGACGCUGAGAUUAAGAGAAUCUCUGAGACGCUGUUUGCUCUGGACUCAAACAAAGCUUCUGCCUCAGAGCUGAUCAUUGAUCCUCAGGCUCUGGUGCACGACUCUGAGACAAGUUCUCAGACAGAUCUGUCCCCUAGGCCGUUGUUCCGUUAUGUGGAUGAAGGGGCUCUGUUCUCCAGACCCACCUAUGCUGCACUGCUUUCUGUGCUGGACAACUACCAAAGGAUGACGGGACAGACAGAGGACUUCAGUCCUCAGCAGCUGACUGAGCAGGAAACCUUUAUAAAGGAGACCAUGUCCAACACUGAGCUGGGCAGAGAGUUGUUUGCUUUCUUCUACACGAAGGGUGUCUAUGCCACAGAGGAAGAGUUCAUGUAUGACCUGAAGAUGAUGUGGUUUGGUCUGUACUCCCGCAACAACAAUAAGCUGGACUCCAGUGGCUUCGAACACAUCUUUGCAGGUGAAGUCAAGGGAGGAAAGGUGUCCGGAUUCCACAAUUGGAUCCAGUUUUACCUCCUGGAGAAACAGGGACUAUUGAACUACUACAGCCACAGCUUCAAUGGGCCUUGGACCUCCUUCCCUGAUGUCAUGGGGAUGCAGUUCAAGUGGGAUGGCUACUUCAAGCAGGUCGGUUCUGCAGUGAUUGGCUGCAGCCCUGAGUUUGACUUUGCUCUUUACAGCCUCUGCUACAUCACUCGUCCAGGAAAGCAGUGUCGUCUGAGUCUGGGAGGGAAGGAACUCAUCAUCCAAACCUACACCUGGGAUAAAACCACCUAUGGUGAUGGAAAGAAGUACAUUGGCUCUGCCUUCCCUGCAACACCCAGGAACUAAAUCUAAUAUUGAUUAAGUAGCAAAAAGCUACUCCUGAAUA